UUUUAAUUUAAAAAAACACUUUGAAACCUCUUAAAAAAUAAUGGACAGAUCUCUUCGAAAAUAGGCUGAUCUGGCAGCGCUGAUUGGUACUGCAGGGAAUUUAUCAGAAUUGUUUAGACAAUAUUUACAUUUCGAUGUCUUGUACUAUCGAACUGGCGUCAAUGAAAAUAUUUGAAGGAGAAGAAGGAGGGCGGAGGGAGUAGGGUGUGAAAAGUCUUUGUUUUUUUAUUUUUGUGAAAUUACUUUGUUGUUGUUGGCUGCUAUUUGAUCAAUUAAUAAAUUAAAUGCGGCAUGCAAAUCAAUUGCCAAAAUGCCAAUGAGACAUUGACAUUGAGAGCAUUACCUACCCUCCUCCACUGCCACUACCACCCCCAAUUGCCACCACCCAACACCCACCACACGAUGAUAUUAACAGGGCUAUCGAUCGAGCAGGUUUCUUUUUUACAAACGCCACAAACAUCGCGAGUCGCGUCGAGCAAGUCAAAGCAAACGCAAUUCGCGUUGGAUUUACUUUCCUGCCCCAGUGAAAAAAAACGAAAAGAAUAAUUAGAUAACAGAUUAAGAAAUAUAUAUAUAUACAUCACGUAUACGCACAGUACGACGACGCAAUGUCCAACGAACUAAGCGAAUUAAUUGCACUUGGCUGCGCGGAUCUCACAACUUCAGCGAAUGGAGGAACUGGUGAGAUCCAAUUGAUUCUCGAUACCCAGCGUCGUCUGAGCAUUAAACAAAUGACGGCCACAGAGUUAAACAAACUGCGAGCAGCAACAGCUGCCGAGGAAGAAGCCCAGGCUCGUGCGAAAGCCGAGGCCAAGGCACGAGCAUUGAUUGAGGAGCAGCUGCGACUGGCUGCUCAAGUGGAGGCCACCGCACGAGCCAGAGCGGUAGUCGAAGAGGAACAGAGAAAGAAACAAGUAGAUGAACAAAAUAGGCAACGGGAGGAGGAGCAACUGCAUCAAGUGAUGGAGGCAAAGAGAAAGAAAGAACUUGAUAGAGUUUCGAGUCCCUCCCCCAAGAGUACAUCCCCAGACGGUGUCAUUUCACUGCCCAACAUAUUAAGCGAUUCCCUGGAGACGGAAGCUCUACUCUUUCCACCUGCUAGUACUGCAUCUGGAGAUGACUCCUCCUCCCCCACCUCCUCGCAGCUGGCCGACUCAAUCGAGUUGCUGCGCAGCCAGCGAGCAGCUCGUAAUGCAUCCUCCCAGCAGCGCAGUCGAGGACGUUCACCGUCACCGCCCGAGGUACGUCACCGGGAGAGAAGUGCCGCUCCAGAACGCUUGCACAGCUCCAGCAUCAGCAGCAUCAACUCGGCCAGCGUCAGUGAGAGUCGACGUGGCAGCACCGCCAGCGCUCUCAGCAAUAAUGAUCCCCCUGUGGAAGUGACACCCAAAUUCCCAUUGUCCAAGACCGUGUCAGCACCCAACAUCAUUAAUCGACGGCGUAGCAGUUUAACGAAUCUGUUUCCGGGUCCCUCACCACUGGUGGCACCCGAGCCCAUGUUGCACACAAAUCCAGAGACACCGCCUCCUCCGACUCGAAAUCGCCAGGAGGAUGAAUACCGUGAAAUACCUAGCGGCAAGAUGGUGCAUCGCACCAAGACACCUCCGCCAGUGGGUGCCAAUUUGGGUGUGUGCCUCAAACGGGUGACGGCGCCAAGUGGCUCGAUUACGGUUAAGCCCAAGGAGGGUCCAAUGCUGGGCGUGGUCCUGCGUAAGGUGGAAAAGAAAACGGAACCACAAAAGAGCAUACUGGAUGACGAUAAACCCCUGUAUCAUCUGUCUAUUGUGCGCAGUGAUAACAAGGAGUAUAAGCCGGCAGCGAAACCGAAGCCAAAACCCGCCGCUGUACCACCAAAACCCUCACCAGGUGGCAUCCUAACGGGUCCUCAGGUGGUGCGCACCGCCAAUCGUCCUGCCGUGUCCUUGGCAAAGCCGCAACGUCCCCAGAUGGGUGUUCCCAUAACCAUUACGAAAAUCGAGGGCGAUAAGAUAAUCAUAAUCAAAAAGAUAAUUGUUCCCAAGAACAGUAAGAUACCGGAACAGUAUCUGCAGAUCGUGUUGCGUUCGGCAAGUGCUUAAAUGAGUCAAGAUGUUGGCAAGGCAGUUGUCACAUCGCCUCAACCGGAAAAGCAGCUAACGGUUGCUGCUGCCGAAUGCACUGCAGUUUCCACAACGAAAUCAGGAGAGGAACCGAGUAAAAUGCCUCCGCCUCCAGCUUCUUCUGCGCCUGCAAAUGGACAACAAUUCUUUCAGGUUGUUUCGCCGCAGUUCGCGUCGGUUUUAUCAUCGAGUUUGCCGGAAACCAAAUGCGCUGUCCGUUCGCCGAUCUCGUCUCCGGUGGCGGUGCGUAAGAAUCGACCGCUGUUGCCGGCGAGUCCCAAGUCGACGCCUCCGCUGGCGCGGAAACAGCAUCAUCCAAUGGCGUACAAUGCGGCAACGGGUGCAAUAACAACUCCCACUCGUGUGGUGGCCAAUAGUCCCGUCUCCAGCAUUUCUCUGUCGUCCUGUAGUUCUCCUUCCUCGUCGCCGCCACCGGUGCCCUGUCGAGCGCCGAAGCAGAAGACCAAGACUGCCAUCGAUCUGGACAAACUGCUGCUGCAACAGCAACAACUGGAGGAGAAAUCGGCAGCGGCCACCACAAGUGCCAAACUGGAUGCGAAUUUCUACGAUGCGGAGAUUGAAAUGAUGAACAAGUAUCUGAAGAGUCUACCCGACUACAGCGAAUUGGAUCGUAAGCUACAUCAGGAGUUCAAGGAGUGCGAGGAUCUCUACGAUCGUCUCAAGCGACAGCAGCAACAUCCAAAGCUCAGCAAAUCCAAUUCACAGCAAUUACCGCAAACAGUCAACACUUCUAGUGGCCUAAGCAAAUCCUCUUCCAUUAAUUUUGCCAACAAUCGUGCAUUGCCUCGACUCGCCGCCUAUAACUCAAACUCGAUUUUGGCCAAAACGGAACAGCCCAAAUUGCAGCGCAGCAUUUCCAGCAACAAUAUGCCACUGGGUGGCAGUGCAAAUGGCAAGGUACUUACCCAGGCAGCACAGAAAUCAGCAGCAGGUCCGUUGAGUGACUCGAAUUUAUCGUUUAACAAGCAGCUAAUGAACGAUUUCUGGAGCGAGAAUCUCUGCAGUUCACAGAAGCGACAGACGCCAAAGCGUACAUUUUGGAACUAUGAGAAGAUUUGUGGCGCCCAAUUGGGCGAUGAUGGUCAGCCCUUUAAGAUGGAUGCCAAGACGGCCAAGAAGCUGGCAAUUUUUGAUCCCACCGUUGCCGAGGCGGCACAGAAAGAACUGCAGAAACAGCAGCCACAAAAUCAUCGUUUGCAGAAAAACGCUUCGUUGUCGCAACUGGAUUUAAAAGUGAGACAGGCGGUUACCAAAGAUGAUCUCUACAAGCUGAUAUUAUGCAACAAUGAUCAGCCAAGGGCAACAACGAAUUUUAUUAGUCGAGUGCCUGUGAAACAACAGCCUUUAACAGUCGCUACAUCCUCGUCGUCCAGUUCCACUUGUCAGCAGCUGAACAAGAGCAUCUCAAUGACACAUGUGCCGGGAAUUGGACCAACAACUACUCCAGCUCCUGCGCCUGCUCCUUUGUUGCGCAGCUCUAGUCGCACCCAUAUACCCUGUUAUAUGAAACAUCUGCCAUCGCUGAGUCGCAGCACAUCCAAUUCGGCCAUUUUGAUGACGAGUAAGGAAUCACAGCUAAUAAAACCCGUAGGUAACAAUAAAUCCUCGACUGGUGUGCUCAAGAGUUCUAGUAGCUCCUGUGUGCCAUUGUUUCGUCGACCGACGGAACCAGCUAAACAAGUGGCAACAGCUCCAUUGGCCGCGACAAUUGCUGAAUCCUCCAAAGAGUGCGCUUCUCUGGAGCGCAAGUCGGAGAAGAGCAACAGCACUGUGAGUAGCAGCAGUUUUACAGUGACCAACUGUUGCACCACACACUUGCCACAGUUAUCCAAGUUCACAUCGUCCUUUCACAUACCCUCCACAGUGGAUGUGCCAACAACAACAGCAACAAGUAGCUCUGCAACCGCAGCAACAUCAACAAAUGCUGCUAGCGCAGCAACAUCAACAACAUCUUCCUCAUCAGCAGCAACAAAGCGUCAAAAAGAUGUGGACAAUAAAUUGGAAAAAUGUCUUAAUGACAUGCUUAAGCUGAAGAGCAACAACAACAACAGUAAUAGCAGCAACAACAACAAUGCACUUAUGUCCGAGUCAUUGACAGUUGAACACAACAAAGAGGAUGUCAGCAACAAAAUAUGUAAUGAUUCGCAGAUUCCAGUGCCAGUGCAACUCUACGAUCCACAGAAGUCGCUAAUGCAACAACAACAACAACAGCAGCAGCAAAAGCAACAACAGAGGAUUGCAUAUCCCAUUGGCAAGUCCAAUUCGACCUCUCAAUUGUCCAUGGGCUAUCAGCGUCUGUUGCAGCAGCAACAAUUGCAGCUGCCGCAGCAGCAAUCACAACAGCAACAUCCACCACAGCAACAUCAACAGCAUCCACAACAACAACAGCUGCAACAUCAGCAUUAUCCGCAACAGAAGCGUGCAUUCUUAAACUGGAACUCUUUUGCUUGCUCCACCAUGAAUGGCAACAGCGAUGCCCUACUGCAACAACAACAGCAGCAGCAACACCAUCCACAUGCCCACAAGUUGCAGCAGUCAUAUUCCACUUCGCAUGUGAUCAAACCCAGCAAUUCUAACCUGGCCAUAUUUCAACAAAAGCAUACAAACAAGGAGAAUAAAUUUGGACAAAGCUUGCAACAGGCGCAGCAUCAGCAACAAGAACAACCUCAACCUCAGUUGUACACUUAUCAGUCUAUAAACAACAACAACAACUCCAAGCUCAGUUAUCAAACACGUGUCAAUGUUGCUGGCGGUGCACCACUCACCCACUCGGCCUCUUUUACAGCCGCACAGCGUCCACACUUUGGACUGGGCAUGAUGAGUCGCAAUUACUACAAUCUUCCCAAGCAACCGCAGCAGCAACAACAACAGCAACAACAGCAACAGUCGCUGCAACCGCAGCAACAACCACCUUUGACGCAUGAACGCAAACCGCUGCAAACCUUUGAUCCAUAUGCGUAUCCCAAGCCCAGUCAACAGAGUCAGCUGGUGGGGCAGCCGGCCAAGUACCAGCCUCAAUCACAAUCUCAGACUCAGACUCAGGCUCAACCACAUCCGCAUACGCAGUUUCUUAACGCUUCCGUUGCUGCGACUGGCAGCGGCAGCGGCGUCAACGUUGGCAGCGCUGCGCUUCAAUAUGAUUCAAAUACAAAUACGCAAUUGUUUUACGGUCAACCACAAAAACAACAACAACAAUUACAACUACAACAAAGCAACUCUGUCAUAUACAGUCACUCACAACAACAACAACAACAGUUACACCAGCAACAACAACAGCAAAAUGAAAUGUCCAAAUCCGUUUUGGGUCUGCAUUUCAUCGAGACAGCUAAGCCCGUCAUUCAAGAUGAUGCUGAUGGUCACUUAAUUUACCACAACGGAGACAUUCUCCAUCACAGAUAUAAGAUCAUGGCCACACUCGGUGAAGGCACUUUUGGACGUGUGGUCAAGGUCAAAGACAUGGAACGUGAUUUUUGCAUGGCCUUGAAGAUCAUCAAGAAUGUUGAGAAAUAUCGCGAAGCUGCCAAGCUAGAGAUAAACGCUUUGGAGAAAAUAGCACAGAAAGAUCCGCAUGGUGAUCAUUUGUGCGUCAAAAUGAUUGACUGGUUUGAUUAUCAUGGACACAUGUGCAUAGUUUUUGAAAUGCUGGGUCUUAGUGUUUUCGAUUUUUUGCGCGAGAACAACUAUGAGCCGUAUUCCCUGGAUCAAGUGCGUCACAUGGCCUAUCAAUUAUGCUAUUCUGUCAAGUUUUUACAUGACAAUCGUUUAACGCACACAGAUCUCAAGCCGGAAAAUAUACUUUUUGUUGAUUCGGAAUACUCGUCUCACUAUAAUCAUAAAAUUAAUCGCGAGGUGCGCCGCGUCAAAAGCACAGACGUGCGUCUGAUUGACUUUGGGUCUGCCACCUUCGAUCACGAACACCAUAGCACAAUUGUCUCGACACGACAUUAUCGCGCUCCCGAGGUAAUACUGGAGUUGGGAUGGUCACAGCCGUGCGACGUUUGGUCUAUCGGUUGCAUCUUGUUCGAGUUAUAUUUGGGCAUCACGCUAUUCCAGACGCAUGACAAUCGUGAACAUCUGGCCAUGAUGGAGCGCAUCUUGGGACAAAUACCUUAUCGCAUGGCACGCAAUCAUACUCUUUAUAGCAAAACCAAAACAAAGUACUUCUAUCAUGGUAAGUUAGAUUGGGAUGAGAAGUCCAGCGCUGGCCGUUAUGUCCGUGAUCACUGCAAGCCGUUGUUCCUCUGCCAGCUGAGUGAUAGCGAGGAUCACAACGAACUUUUUAACUUGAUCAAGAAAAUGUUGGAAUACGAGCCCUCGUCGCGUAUCACGUUAGGUGAGGCCUUGAGACAUCCGUUCUUUGACAGGCUGCCACCGCAUCAGCGUGUUGGUGAAAUGGGCAGCAGCAAGCAGCCCCUCUCGUCCGGCAGCAGCAGCCGCGAGCGUUCGCACAGUCUGUCCAGAUGAGAAUUACAGCGAUUUGGUUAUUGUUGACAACAACGUUAAUCCAAACACAUACACACAUACAAACAUGCAUACACCCAUGAGAAGAGCCAUUAACAGGCAAUUUAAAACACCAACGGAAAGCAGCAGCAGCAGCAACAGCAGCAACAAGAACUGCAUUAAUAAUAAAAUAAAAAAAAAUAUAUAUAUAUAAUAAUACUAAUGGCGAUCCCUAAUUUAAGUGCUAAAAUCUAUUUAGAAAUUUUGUAACUUGACUUGUAUAGAAGGCAAUUUAUACACAAAAACUCAACUGUUUAGUAAAUAUUACGUGCAUGCUGCACGUGCUGCUUCAUUUGAUCUGUGCAUUGUCUCAUCCACCCGCCAAUCGUGUUUUGUUUUGUAAUGAUAACCAAAUCGUGCAUAAUAAGUACGUACUACUAUAAUAUUGAUGGUGAGUCGUCUUCCUGACACAGACGCCAACCUUUAAAUUUAUAUGUAUGUAUAUUUAAAAUGUAAAUGCCACUGAAAUGUGCACAGUCUUACCUUGAGAUAAAUAGAGAGAUCCCCAGCUCGCGACUGCAAUGAUAUAAUUUUAAUAUAAAUGAAACAACCAAUGUAAAUGUAAUGUAAGAAAAUCAAUAACACGCUAGUUCUGAUAUCUAUGCACAUCCAUAUGCUGUCAAGCUAAUAAUGCAGUGGAUUUGCUUCUUAUAUAUGUAAUUAAUCUACUAUUUUCAAGUGCGUGAGUUGUAAGUUAAUGCCAGCCAUUACACAUCGCACACAUACACACAUAGUUUACCCACCCUCGUAUAUGUAUACAUUUGUAAAGAUCAAUUAAUGUGACACCUCGUGUGCAACCUUCCGCAGUAUAUAUUUUUGUGUAAAUUAUUUAGCAGCCAGUCAUUCUUUUCCUAGGUAAUGUUUCAUGUAUAGAAUCGGCGCUGUUUAUUCCGGUUUCGUUAAAUUGUCGAAAAUCGAAAAAUUAUAGGCAAAAAUGCACGCAAAGCCACACACACACACACACACACACAAACAUCAACAUACAUAUACUACAUAUAUUAUAUAUUUUAAUAAAAACACUGGAAAGCGAAAGAGAGAGAAUAUGAAAAAGUAUAUAACGUCAUAUACUGAACACUUACUUAAUUCAAAUGAUUGUGAGUUAGUUUAAUAUUACAUAAAUAUUAAUUAUAAAUUACAUUAUUUGCAAUUAAAUAACCCGAUCAACCAGCAUAUAAGAUCUAUAAAAUCGAAAAUAUACCAAUAUUAUUGUCAAGUUAUUAAAAUAAAGAAUUUUAAAAAUA